AAAAAUAAGGUUAAAAAUCUUUCACUGGUUAAAAAUUUAAAUGGGUCAUGUUUUUAGAACAAAAGGAUAAAUUCGCUCUUCAAUGUUAAUACAAAUGCUAUGUAAAAUUAGGUAACCAAACUAUUUUAUGGAAAAGGCAAAAUAAAAAAAGAAGGCAUGGAAAACAGCAGAAAAUGGAUUGUAGCUUUAGAAUGUAGCUUAAUCAGUUGCAUAGUACAAUGUCCAUACAGAUUAUUUGGUUUGCUUUAUGUUUCCUUUAUAGACCGAUAUGAGACGGAGAGAGACAAAGCAGCUAUACCCAUUUUCACGAUGUAUUUAAUCAAUAGCAUAUUAGGUCCCUUCAUAGGCUGGCUAGGCCAGAAGUUUGGCCCGGAGCGAACUACAUUAAUUGGAUGUCUAAUAUCCUCAAUAGGAUUUGGUGCAACGUUUUUUGCUGAAGAUAUUAUGGUUGUUACUUUUUUUAUAGGCAUUGUUCACGGCACUGGACAAUCACUCAGCUCAACUUUAAUUUCAAAUAUUAUUCAAAAACACUUCAACGAAAACUUUAACACUGCUAACGAUAUUUAUAAAGCCGGAUCUUGCAUUAGUGGUUUCAUUUUUCCUCCAAUUGCCAUUUAUUUACUUAAUGAGUAUGGAACGUCCGGGACAUGCCUUAUUAUAUCCGGCAUUUUGUUAAAUGGACUCCCAUUAAUCUUGUUGGUAAUGAGAACUGAUCUAAAACUCAAAUGUGCAACAUUAUUUCAUGAGACGCGUAACUCACAAGAAUUUUCAACAAAGAGAAGUGAAUGUACUGUGCUGAAAGAUGAUCGAAAUUUGAGCCUUCAAAGUAGUUUGAAAAAGGAAAGCUCAAGUAGUGACAGAAUUGAGAAACGCGAAUCAUUCAAUACAUUAGAAUUUACAAAAGAAUCCAUUUUGCACGAUACUUGUAAAACAAGCAAUACAUUAGAAUUUACAAAAGAAUCAAUUAUACAUGAUGAAACAAGCAAAACAUUAGAAUUUACAGAAGAAACCAUUUUACCUGAUAAUCGUCAAAUACGCUGUAGUUUAGAAUUUAUUGAAGAAUCCAUUUUUCAAGAUAACGGGGAAACAAGCAAUUCAUUAGAAUUUACAAAAGAAUCUCUUUUACAUGAUGGAACAAGCAAAUCAUUAGAAUUUACAGAAGAAACCAUUUUGCCUGAUAAUCGUCAAGCAAGCAAUAGUUCAGCGUUUAAAGAAGAAUCGAUUUUGCGAGAUAAUGGUGAAACAAGCAAUGCAUUAGAAUUUGUAGAAGAACAUAUUUCACAUGAUAAUAGUGAUGAAAAUAAGCAAUUAAAAAUAUAUACAUCUUCAAGUUUUUCUGCGAAAGGCUUGAGAGAUAAUUCAAAACAAAUUUCUACACCAACAGAUACAAGUAAAAACCAUACAAUAUAUUUCUGGAGAACUAUGAGAAUUUUUAAGAAUUCUACCUUCUGGUGUAUAUCCACACUUAUAACACUUGAACACUUUGUUACCUCAAUAGUUUUCACUACUUUAAUUGAUUACUCCAGAGAUAAAGGAGUACCGAGCGAAUACGUAAUAUAUCUUGUGACAUUUCCUCCUUUGUUUGACAUGCUGGGUCGUGUUUCCCUGGUAUGGAUAGUGGAUAAAGGCUAUAUGACAUACAGUUCAUUUGUGGUUGUCGCAAACUCCUAUAUAGCUAUAACUGUUUUAGGAAUGAUACUGUCAAGUAAUUUUACAGAGCUCUUAAUAGGAACUUUGUUCUUUUCCUAUGGAACAGGAGCACUCAUAGCCAUUAUAGCAGGGCAAAUGUUCGAUGUUUUAGAUAAAAAGGAUCAUAUUAUGGGCAUGUCUUGCAAAGGUAUUCUAUUUGCUCCAGUUAGUUUUGCCUCACCUCAAUUAAUAGGUUUCUUCAGGAAUGAUUUAAAAUCAUAUAAUGGACUUUAUUAUUUAUGCAUCCUUUUCUGUUUCAUAUGCUGUGCAUUAGCUCCUAUACCAGCUCGACUUACAAAAGCAAAUAAGCUGCGGAAGAGAAUAUUUUUACAAAAAAGUAUAGCUGCAUAAGUUUGGAUCUUGUUCUUAAGACACUGCAUAGGAUGUUACAAGCCUUUUCAAAGCAACAAAAACAAAUAAGCAAAUAAGACUUACAAAAGCAAAUAAUCUUCGGAAAAGAAUAUUUUUACAAAAAAGUCUGGCUGCAUAAGUUUGAAUCUUGUUCUUAAGACACUGCAUAGGAUGUUACAAGCCUUUUCAAAGCUCAUAAAAGCAAAUAAGCAAAUAAGACUUACAAAAGCAAAUAAUCUUCGGAAAAGAAUAUUUUUACAAAAAAGUCUGGCUGCAUAAGUUUGAAUCUUGUUCUUAAGACACUGCAUAGGAUGUAACAAGCCUUUUCAAAGCUCAUAAAAGCAAAUAAGCAAAUAAGACUUACAAAAGCAAAUAAUCUUCGGAAAAGAAUAUUUUUACAAAAACGUAUAGCUGCAUAAGUUUGGAUCUUGUUUUUAAGACACAGUAUAAGAUGUUACACGAAAUUAUAGAAUGGCAUUUUAAAAUCAUGUAUGGGAAAAAGCAAAAAGGAAGCCUAUGUUGCAAUGUGAGAAAGUCUAAUUCAAAACUCGAAGAGAAACAUAUACGUCAUGUAUUAAGAAUCCUUUCUGCGUUAUUAUAGCUCAAUAUACGAAAAUAAUUAGCAUAACAAAAUAAUAUCGCUACAAGAGUGCAUUGCUGUAUGGCUGGGUUAGAACUGCUUUUGCACGGAAGAUAAUGUGUAAAAUUGAAAGAAUUAAGGAAGAAUAUUUUAAAAUUAUUGUUGGAAAAGGGCAAGAAAAAAUCUCGCGUUACAAUGCCAAUAAUUUUCGUUAGUUCAGAAACUGAUAAGAAGCUUAUGCUUUAUUUCCCAUGAAUUUUAUUUUGCUUAUAUUGAUGCAUUUUAUUUAUGCUUCAUGUCAAUUACAUAAAACAAAAUAAACAGGUUCUGUGUCAAGUAUAUGAAAGCAUAUAAUCAUGUUCCACGUCAAAUAUAUGAAAGCAAAUAAACAGGUUCCAUGUCAAGUAUAUGAAAGCGAAUGGACAGGUUCCAUGAAUUAUUGCAAAUUAUUUUUUGUAUUGAUUUAUUUUUUAGUAUGAUUUACUCUUGAUGUCCAUAACCAUUUUUACGCAUGAUUUCGAGUUGUUUUUAGGUAAAGAUUAAAUUUAUGCAUGUAAAUAUGAACAAAUUUGUUUGUAUGCAAAGAAAUGUGUGAAAUAGUAAAAUUUGUAAAUAAAUAUAUUUUUUUUAAAAAAAA